AUGGCACCUGUUUCGAUCGAGACCAAGACGCAGACCCAGGCGCCGACCCCGAAGACGCUCAAGUUGCGCGCCCAAGACCCGUUCCCCGACCUUACUACCAAGGGUUACACUGUCGUUCCGGGCGUUAUCAGCAAGGAGAAGGCCGAGUACUAUGUCGACGAGAUGUACAAGUGGCUUGAGAGCUUUGGCAAGGGCUUCAAGGGCGAUGACCGCUCGACUUGGCAUAUCCCCAACGUGCCCAAGUUUGACAAGGGCGGUCUGUACCACCGCUACGGGGUUGCGCACGAGCAGUUUGCGUGGGACAUCCGCUCCGAGCCUGGAGUCAUCGACGCCUUUGCCAAGAUCUGGGACACUGACGAGCUGAUCGUUUCCUACGACAGUGUGAACAUCUCGCUUCCCUACGGUUCCGAACUCAGCGCUGAGGCGGGCAAGCCAUGGCCGCACAGCGACCAGUCGCCGACCCGCUGCUUCAAGCACUGCGUCCAGGGAAUUGUCAACCUGUACCCCAACGGACCUCUCGACGGCGGCCUCAUGGUUCUUGAAGGAAGCACCGCGCUGUUCGAGGAGUACUUCCGCACGCAUGAGAACCUCAUGCCCGAGGAGGGAUGGCCGACCGCCGACUGGUGGCAGCACGACGAAUCUCACCUCGACUGGUUCUACGAGCGCGGAUGCACGUGGACAAAGGUCGAGGCUGGUCCUGGCGACCUUAUUCUCUGGGACUCGCGGACUGUUCAUUACGGUGACGCAGCACGGGGAACCGAGCCCCGUAUCGCUACGUAUGUGUGCUAUAAGCCCAUCAAGAAUAUUCGGGACCAGAAGCUACAGGAGAAGCGGGAAUGCUUUGCCAAGUCGUGGGGAACGAGCCAUGACCCUCUUGAAUUCCGCAUCACCGCUGCUCGGUUCAAGGGAUGGGAACUCACCGAGGGAGAGCGCAUAGAGCCCCGCACAAAGCCUGUGCUCUCCCACCGUGCGCAGCAGCUGGCCGGCCUUGUGCCCUACUAG